AUGUCGCCGCCGAGUUCGCCGGAGGAAGAAGCGCAGAGUUCGCCGGAGGAACAAGAACGUCCGUCCAACCAUCCAAUGUCGCUGCCGGCGGCUACAACAGAGAAAUUAGAUGACAUCGCUCAAGUGAACAUUGUAGAGGAUUUUGAUAACCGACCUUCCAAAAAGGCAAAAAUUUCCGAAUCAAGUGUUCUGGAGCCAUCACCUAUGUCACCAACUAUGUCAACAUCUUCUCCAGGUUCAGAGUGUUUUGAAUCAAUUGUGCCGGAAUCAGAUAAUCAGAUGAAUCAUGAUACAUUAUCAUCACCUAGAUCGACAAUAUCUCCUGUUUUUCCAUUACAUGAUGUUAAGGAACCAGAUUCACAUAAAGAGAUCAAAGUUUAUGAUUAUCUCCCACAAGACUAUACAUUGACCGACCAUGAUCUAUGUGCUCAUAUAGCAAUAGAAUCAUCUUUGAGAAAAGAAUUGCUGGUUCAGAUAGAUGGAAGUUCUGUCUUGCAACAUCAAUUGAUGUGCCCGCUAGAUAAAAAAGAGUGGGUAAAUGAUGAUGUAAGUACCCUUACUCAAACAGGAAAAAGUUUCUAA